AUGGGGGCCCCCUCGGACGUGGUCCGUGACCACCCUCGCGCCAUUCGAUACCAUGCGGCUGCCACGAGGCGAGUCGACAAUGUGGGAUCUCGUGCCUUGUGGCUGCUCCCGCAAAGGGCGAGUCUCACCUCCGGCCAGGCAUUUUAUUUGCGCUAUUUAGGUCUGUCGGUUCUCAAGAAGGGUGUUCAAGAGGUACUGGUCUUUGCCAUACCGUACGGAUGGAUGGUGGUCAAUUUGUCACACGAGUACGGGUCAAGUCUGACGCGAUGUGAUUCCAAAGCGCCAAAUGUAACGUCGGCACUCCGGCACCGAGCACUUGGUCUCCUGGUGGAAACCAAUCACAUGGUAGAAUGGCUUCUUGGACGACGGGUCAGGAACUUUCCAUGA